GGCUCAUUCAUUCGCUUCCCGCCAGUGGCAGCGAGCACACGUUUCGCGGCUCGAGCGAAUUGUUCCAAGACGAUCGCGAAAAAACUUUUCAGUGCAGUGUCGAACGAUCCUUGUAAGCACUCGAAUAUGAACAAGAUUCUCUCGUGCUGUGAAUUUAACUAAGUGAAAAGAGACUGAUCGGCGGUUGAAGUGUUCUGAAGAGGCUAAUUAAGAGCUAGGCUAAUUGGCGGGGCCGGCGUUUCAUGAAGUCCGAAAGGCGGACGCCGCAGCAGUCGAGCGGCGGCAGUCCAUCGCUGGGGAACCAGAUUUACGCUAUGGACGUGACGAAGGAAGCUCGCGCCUCGCCUCUGCCCACCGCACAGUCGGGCAGUGGGGCUUCGGCUCAACCACCGCAACCUCAGAUCUGUGCUGGGUGCAGUAAGGUGAUAACAGAGAGAUAUCUGCUGAAAGCUUUGGAUCAGCUGUGGCACGAAGACUGCCUCAAAUGUGGGUGCUGCGACUGCAGGCUUGGAGAAGUCGGCCAUACUCUAUACACUCGGGCCAACCUUAUUUUGUGCAAACGGGAUUAUUUAAGGCUAUUCGGAAACACGGGUUAUUGCGCUGCGUGCAAUAAAGUGAUCCCAGCGUUCGAAAUGGUGAUGCGUGCGCGCAGCAACGUCUAUCAUCUGGAAUGCUUUGCUUGUCAGCAAUGCAAUCACAGAUUUUGCGUGGGCGACAGAUUCUACCUCUGCGAGAACAAGAUCCUAUGCGAAUACGACUAUGAAGAGAGGUUAGUGUUCGCAAACAUGGCCUAUAACCCGCCGCCGCUGGCGCAUCUCAAGCGACAAACGACACACCUGCCUCCACCACCGACAAGCAGUGCAAUGAGCGGGCUGAUGAACGGGUCAAAUCGUUCUGGUGAUCUUAACAACAACAUGUCGGGUUCAUCCCCGGCCGCCUUCGCUGCCCCCCCGCACCUCAAGCCCCUGGGGCUCUCUGCGUCCAGCUGAGAUUAUCGCCUGUGAGGCCUACCCACGUAUGCCAAGUAUCAAACGUAAUUCCGCAUUUCACGUCGGAGACAGCAAUGCAUACUAAAAAAACUUUAGUGCCGUAACUUCUAUGUAGUGUUAUACACGCGUUUUACGCACUUAAUGAAACUUUCGUGUUAUAGAACAAAGAGCAAAAUGCCAAAACUUAUAUUCAUUUUUUAAUUCGCCAAUAUAUUAUAUUAGAUAGAUUAUUGGUUAUAUUGAAAUGUAUUUAGUCUGUUUAUUAAGGUGAUCUCAUAAGGCAAUUGUAUUAGAGUAAAAAAAUGUUACAUGUAAAGUGUAGAUGAACAGCGGGUGAAAGACUAUGUUACUUAUUAAAACUAUAUGUGUAAAUUUUCUACUAAAAUAAUAAUCGAUACAAUUUGUAAUUAAUAAGGCUGUUAAGUAUGGGUUUUCGUAAGUAAGGUGUCCUUUUGAUUUAUCUAUUUCUCAAUUGAAACUAUGGACCGCAUUAUAGGGUCAAAUGACAUCAACAGACAUUUGAUGUUAAAGCACUAACAUAUAGUGCAUAUAAUGAACUUAAAAGCAAAAAUGUUUUACGGUCCUCAUAUAGCGA